AUGAUCCAUUUUUGUCUUAGGUCAAUAAUUGAAAAAUAUCAAUAUUCACCACAAAAUGAUUUACAAAAAAAUGACGAUACUGGUCUUCUUCGUCUAGCUGACAAAAGUCAUUUAGGGAAUUCCGAAAUGAUUGCACGUAUGGAAGCUCUUGAACGUGAUAUUAUCACCUACUUUAAAUCUCGUAACGAAGAUGAUACUGGAAAACGUAUUCCAGCGCAACAUCCAUCUACUGUCAAGAAGCAACCGUUCAUAGCACCAAAAAUUCAAGUUCAUCGUGCCGGUGUCAUUAAAUCUACAGCGUUUCCAUCAAGUCAUGGGAGAGGUGGUACUAGACCUCAUAUAUGGUCUUCUGGUCCUGCUGGCACACAUGUUGAUGAUGACAAUCCGUACUUCAAUCAAUGUACUUGUCCUGGACAUCAUCAUCCUGAUAAUCAGGAUUGUCCAUGUUCACCUCAUCAUAUGGAUGAUCAACACUGUUGGGAUCCGACAGAACCUGAGCAUCAUCACCAUCAAGAUGAGCAUCAUCAUCAUCCCGAUGAAUAUCAUCAUCAUAAUGACUACCACCCAGACACCUGUUUACCAUCCGAAGAACAUCACCAUCAUCAUCAUACUGAUGAUCAUUUUGGAGGAGGCCACUCGUCUCAUGAAUAUCAUCAUCAUGGAGAUUGGAGCAAUGCUGACAAUAGCGGUCAUAAUUAUGAUAUUUCGUACGGUGGAGGAGGAUUCGAUUAUCAUGGUGGAGGCGGAUCGUCUAAUACAGAUUAUGGUGGUCCGGGAAGCUUCUACUAA